AUGUCGGUUCUCUCCUUGGCCCAAGACGAUGACGCACCGGGCAUUGGCUAUCGGCGUGUGCUUUGCUUCCCCUGUGACAAGGAACCUAUCUCAGAGGAAAACAUAUCCUCCAAUUACUAUGUUAUUCCUACCUGUACGAUUUGUGCGGAGCGUCUAGAGCCGACACUCACCGGUUACACCUUUCGCACCUGCCGCUGCCCUCCGGAUAGGGAGUGCACAUGCUUUAUUGAAAACUCGUCGUGUGUCGUAUGCCAAACUGCAAUUAAGAUGCAGCGAGGAGUUCCCGAAAUUUACUGCGAUGAAUGCCAACUUUCUGGCGAUCCCUGGAUUUGUUUGGUAUGUGGUUUUGUGGGGUGCAGCCGGUAUCAGGCCCAGCAUGCGAGACAACACUUUCUGCAGCAAAGGCAUUUCUUCUCCAUGAGCCUCUUAACGCAACAGAUUUGGGACUACGAAAGUGACGCCUUUGUGCACCGCAUCGUUAUGACCUUUGACGUGGACACGGGCACGGUUCAGCGGGUGCAGUACCCUGACCGGGACAAUCCUCCAACGACGCUUGAGGACGACGAUGCGGGGGACGUCGUCGCGGAAAAGGCCAAAAAAAAGCACAUCAACGCCAAGUAUGACUCGGAAUUGGAGACGUCGAACGAAAAACUGGCCCUGAUGAUUAAAGAGCAGCUCGACCUCCAUCGGGCAGAGUGUGAGGGUCUUGGGAGCCUGCAGCAGCAGCAGCAGCAGCAACGAGAGCAACGAGAGGGGGCAAACCCACAGAUGAAUGAGGCUAGUUGCCACGAAUUUGCUGAAUACAACGCCAUGAACGUCAAUAGGUAUCACGUUGCUAACCGACGGCGGUGGUUGUCACUUUUUCUUGAAAACCAAAGACUGACAGAGGAACUACGGAUGCAGGUGAAGGAGGAGGCGGCGCUGAAGGAAUCACAGGAUAAGCUUGAAGGUGAGCUGCGGGAUACAGUGAGGCAGUCUGCGACGGAGGAUAUUCGCCUUACCGGUGAAAUCUUAAAUCUGCAGGAGACGAUAAAGGAUAUUGAGCUGAACAUUUCUGUGCAACGGCAAAUUGCUGAGAAGUUGGAGGGGGACGAGUAUGAAUGCCUUCGCGUUGUGGGCGGGGUUGAGGGCAAGGCCGAUCCAAAGGCAAGGGGGAGGAUGAAGAACAAGUCAACGAGGCGAAGAAGUUGA